UGCCGUUUUAAUCGUUUUGUCAGCACUCUUUAAUUUGAUCGGCGAAGGGUGCGGAAACAGGCAGCAGCUGUCGUCGCGUAUUUUAAAUAAUAUGCAGAUAAGGAGAUAAGCAGAAUAAUUUCAUAAAUCGUGCGCGGCUGUAGCACCAUACCGUCAUAUCGACAGACCGCAAUUAUUGACAAGACCGAAAACGAUAACUACGACUACGACAACUACUGUUAAGUAGGUUGUAACUCGUAAUCACGAAUUAAAAUAUUCGUGGUCGUAAUUAAACGCGUUCCGCGUUUUGCACUGCCGCAUUAGUAUUUAGUAGUAAUUAUGCGUUCGCCGAAACAAAAUGGAUUGAAUGAUUAAUAUUUAACAGUGUCCAACGCGGAACAAUAUGAUGCAUUUCAUGUUACUAUUCAGUCGUCAAGGCAAGCUUCGGCUUCAAAAAUGGUAUGUUGCUCAUCCUGACAAAGUGAAAAAAAAAAUUACCAGAGAACUUAUAACCACUAUUUUAGCCAGAAAGCCUAAAAUGUGUAGUUUUCUCGAAUGGAAAGAAUUAAAAAUUGUUUACAAAAGGUAUGCAAGUCUGUACUUUUGUUGCGCUAUUGAACAGAAUGACAAUGAACUCCUCACUUUAGAAAUCAUUCACCGCUAUGUUGAAUUAUUAGACAAGUAUUUUGGUAGUGUCUGUGAACUGGAUAUAAUAUUCAACUUCGAAAAGGCAUAUUUUAUACUGGAUGAGUUACUAUUGGGUGGGGAGAUACAGGAGACUAGUAAGAAAAAUGUACUCAAGGCUAUUUCAGCUCAGGAUCUCUUGCAAGAGGAGGAGGCAGUCGAAGGCGCUCUGAAAGAGAUUGGCCUGUUAUGAAAGUAUUCAAUAUAAUUAACGUUUCAUAUAAUUUUAUUACUUGCAAUUACAAUUGUAAUGUUUUUUUUUUUACAUAAUAUAUUUAUAUAAAUUCAAACAAUGUGUCUUUCAAAAAAUAUUAGAUUUGGAUUUGAUGUAAAGAGCCUUUGCUGAUGCAAUGUUAUUAAUAAAUAACUUAUCAAAAUAUCAGGUUUCUACCAUUGACAUCCUAACAUAAUAUUUAAAAACAUAAGUUUAACAAAUAGCUAUCUCUUAUUAUCUGUAAACAUUCGUGUAUACUAUUAGUUUUUUUUUAAUUCUAAUAAUUUUUGUUUUAUAUUGUUGCGUUUUCUCAUAAAAAAAAUAGACUUCUAUUAAUGUAUUAACUAACAUAAUAUUGAAAAAUAAAAAUAAAUUUUCAUGCUUAA